AUGGCCCAACUGAAGUAUACACCACUCAGGCAAUCAUCACCAACUAUCCACGUUCCACAACAGCUUCAGGACUGCGAGUUCAUUUUUGUCCGAAAUGACGCGGUAAAGAAACCACUAACACCAACAUACCAGGGUCCAUUCAAAGUCUUAAAAGGCUCUGAGAAGCAUCUCACCAUUGAUCGAGGAAGCCGGACGGACAGCAUCUCCAUCGACAGAGUCAAACCAGCUUUUCUGGGAAAAUCUCCACGGGAGACAGAACCCGUCUCAACACACCCAGAACCUUCACCUGCCUCAACAACCACGCAAUCGCAACCGUCACAACCGAGGCAGAAUCACCCACCACUCCACCUAGGCAGACCCGUCUUGGAAGGAAAGUCACCUUCCCUAAGAACGUCACCGCUUCUCUUGUAUGAACCGUCAUAUCUAGAUGCCCGAGACUUCGCAGCGGUUUUCAGCCGGCCACGGAAGCAGCCCGGCCUUCGGGUUGGGUUGCGACCAUGGCAAAGGCUAACUUCCGAAAGUCAUUCGAUCACCACUCUUCAAGGCUCCACUCACUCCACUCUUUGCUACUGCCUUCCCUCUGAGACGCCAGCUCACUCCUGCAGCUUCCAGCUCACUCCUGCAGCUUCCAGCACUCCUACCGCUUCCAGCUCACCCCAACAGCUUCCAGCGGCCUCCAGCUCACACCUGCGGCGCUCUACUGACGUCCCGCUACCUAUUCCAGCACCGGCUGACGAUCUAAUCCAGUACCCACUGACGUCCAGGGCCCGUUAA